AUGGCCGGCGACGAGCACUACCACCCUAAGGACGCCGUCAAGGCAGCCUUCCAUGCUGCAGGAGUUGUAGGAACAUCAGGCUUCUUCGUUGCCGCAGUUCAUAAUGCUCUCCAGCGGGAGAACGUUGGCGCCCUGUCCGUCUUCACCCGCAGCGGAGGCAUCAUCGCUGUCUUUGCCAUUGGUGGUGGCGCCUACAAUUUCACCAAGAUCGCAUCGGCAAAUCUGAGGCAAAAGAACGAUCCUUGGAACUCGGCACUCGGCGGCUUCGUAGCCGGUUCGGUUAUUGGAAUGACCCGAAGACGUAUGCCCGUGGUGCUUGGUCUCGGUGCCUUUGUUUCCGCGACAAUGGGUGCCUUUGAAUUUACCGGCGCUCGUCUGCGUGGCUGGGCCGACCGACCCGAGGAGGAUGAGUUCGAGCGUAAGAUUGCUAUGAGGGCAAACAGGAGGCGACCGAUUGAGGAGACUAUUGCGGAGAUUGGCGAGGGGAGAGGUAUCCGGCCAGAGGGCUACGAGGAGCGGAGACGCGAGCGCCUGAAGGCCAAGUACGGGGUGGACAUCAAUCCUGUCAAGGCAACCGUGGAAUAAACUUGGGCUUCGGCUCAUGCCUAGUUACGGAAGACAAUCUGACACAAGAAGAAGCGAUUUCCAUUUGUUGUACAUACCACACUGCUCGUUGGCACAUGGGCAGGAUACAGGAGGGAGUUCACCGGCUGGAGAGAAUAGGAGAGCUGUAU